AUGCAAGAAGCAGACCUGGAAGUCACGGGUGUAUCACGUAGUGGCAGAGUUAGGAAGAAAAGUUCUAAAUUAAUGGAUUUUGAAUCCCCCGAUGAUAUUGAGACGAGAUUUCGUCGUCAAACACCUGUUAAAACGUAUUCUAACCCAAAACAUGAAGAGUCAGUGGAGUUUCAAGAGUCCACACCCCAAAGGCCUGUGGAAGACACUGGCACAGCGUCAGGCAGUGAAUCUGAUUAUUAUGAGAAUAAUGAAGAAAAUGCUGACAGUCUGGAAUCAGACAGUACGGGGUCAGAAGAUGGAUCAACUCGAACUCCUGCAAAUUCUUUAUACAUGAUGGAAAAGAGCAAGAAAAAGUUAAUUGUAAAGGAUGGUAAAGUUGUUGGCCGGGCUAAAGCUCAAAGAAAGGAUAAAGGUAAAACUCGCAUAACGGCUUACAUGAUGUGGGCCAAGGAGGCUCGCAAUGACUUGCUUAGGAAACAUCCAGAUAUGGACUUCUCGGCUAUAUCAAAACGUUUAGGAGAAAUGUGGGCCAAUGUAAAUUACAAUGAACGCUAUUUAUGGAAGCGUAAAGCGAAACGUUUCGCGAUGCAGAAGGAGCAAAACCAAGCAGUUGUUAGCAAAAUCAUAUCUAACCCAAGCAUUCGGUCAACCCCAAACCAGGGGCCAGGAAGACCCUCAUCAAAUCGGGUUCAGCCCAAGCAAAGCCCUGUGACUCCUCCACAGCAAACACUAGCGGCAACGAGCACGCCGUCGUCAGCGACAGUGGGCGUGGGCGUGGCGGUCGCGUACCGCGUGUCGGGCUGCGGCGCGGUGGAAGUGGCCGCGCACCUGCGCCUGUUGGGCGAGAGUCUCGCCAUCAUUGGGGAGAGGCUGAAGGAGCAUGAGGGACAGAUAGCAGUGUCGGGGUCGGUGUCGGUGCUGCUGGACACGCUGCUGUGCGCGCUGGCGCCGCUGUUGGCGGUGGCGCGCGCCGUGCCGGCCAUCGCGCCGCCGCAGCGCCUCGUGCAGGACACGCUGCACAACAUCGCCUACGUCAUGCCCGGCCUG